AUGGAGAGCAGCACAGGCCCAGCUGAUACGAACAUACCAUUGGUAAGCAGCUCAAAACAUGCCGGUCCCUCAAUAAAAGUUCCACCGGGCAUAUCCAAGAACGCAGCCAAGAAGCUCGCUCGUAAACAAAAGCUCGAAGCAACCAAACACGAACGUCGGGCUGCUGAGCGGCUCAAGAAGAAGGAAAACAAGCGAGCUCGGUUCCUUGCUGCCCAAAACAUCGCUUCCGAUUCAAGCACUAAUCCCAAUGGUGCUGCAAAGCGAAGAAUCUCCGUAGCGAGCAGCACAUCCAAUGCAGAGGGUGGAGAAGGGGAAGGAAGGAAUGGGAAUAAGAAGCGAAAAGCUGCAGAAGGGGAGAAAAAAUACUUCAACGCUCGCCUAGUGAUCGAUUGUGGAUUUGACGAGCUGAUGGUGGAGAAGGAGAGCUCGAGUAUGACGCAGCAGUUGAUGUAUUUGUAUUCUGCGAAUCGGAAUGCAAAGGUUCCGUUUGGCGAGGUUAUUUUGACUGGGCAAGAUAGACGAGGGAACUGUUUAAAGGAUGUUCAUCCUGAGCAGCUUUCCCUCGUCCCGAAGGAGUCUUGUUCCAGUACCGCGGAGGGGCAGGAGAAGGGAGAAGGAAGCAGCAGCAACACGGCAAGCAUCGAGAAUAUCCGCAUUGGUCAAGCCAUGGAGGGAAAACUACGUGGCGUAUGGAGGCGGUGGAAGCGGGUCACCAUCUAUCGUCACGGUGGGCUCGAGUCUCUUCUUGAUCCUGCAUCCUCAAGCACGGCUGCUGCGGAACAUGCAGCAGAAACCACCGUAACAAGCCGUCACUUUCCACCGGAAGAAACGCGCCAAGCACUCCACCGAAUCCGCAUCUCCGACGCUAUCUACCUCACCGCUGACACCGAUGACACUCUCGAAGCUCUGGAACUGGGUAAAACGUACAUCAUUGGUGGAAUAGUAGAUAAGAACCGGUACAAAGGUUUGUGUCGAGCCAAAGCGGAUCGAUUGGGGAUUAGAGCGGCCAAACUUCCACUUUCGCAGGAGAUGAUGCAGGCUGUUGAGCGGAAUGUUCGAGCACAGGGGGAAUCGAUUCGGGAAGAGGAUGCUGUUGAUGAUGGAGAGAAGGGUUUUGUGGGAAGAAAAGUGUUGACGGUGAAUCAGGUGGUGGAAAUUCUAACGGCUUGGACGGAGACGAGGGACUGGGUAAAGGCGUUGGAAAAGGCGCUGCCGAGGAGGAAGUUGAAGCAGCGUGGACCUGUUGCUAAGCCAGUCGGUGAGAAAAAGGAUCAGAAAGACAGUAGCGCCGGAGAAAACGGUGCGAAAGGAUUGGAAGAAGAUCAAGAUGCGCUCAAGAACGAGUCAUGA